UUCAAGUUGUCUAGGGGACAUGUGCUCACCACUCCCUCUGCUGAUCCUCCGGCUGCUCCUCCUGACACACCCUAGCCUCGGACGACACCUCAGACACAGAGAGUCCCGAAAGAUACACUCCGUGGUGGUCAGCACCUGGAACUACACGGACGCCAAUCUCCAGGCCUGGAGCGUCCUCAAGCAAGGUCCGCGCCGGACCCGCCAGGCGGUGAUCCAGGGAUGCCUGGCCUGCCAGAAUUUGCGCUGCGGCCGCCUCCUGGGCGGAUCUUAUGGCCCGGAUGAGCGGGGCAAUCUCAGCCUGGAAGCCGCCAUAAUGGACGGAAGAAACCAGAAAUUCGGAGCUGUGGCCGGCAUGGAGGGUAUCCGAAACGCCAUCCUCGUAGCGGAAGCGGUGCUCCAGCACACCCACCACUCUCUAUUGGUGGGUAAAGGCGCUACGGACUUUGCCCGGGUCAUGGGCUACAAGGAGGAGCAUGCUGUUAAUCUGAACACCAAAAACGUGAUAGGCAAUUGGACAUUCGCCCGCUGUCAGCCGAACUUCUGGCGCGAUGUCGUUCCUCCGCCCAGGACCCAGUGCGGACCUUACUCUCCCCUGCCACAGUACCUUCUCCAGCGCCCGAUGCGGCAGGAGUACCCCAUCACCCAGGGCGAGCACGAUCAGCUGGCGUUUCUUGCUCUGGACUCGGAGGGUCUCAUCCAUGUAGCCAGUUACUCGAGUGGCGCCCGUUUUCGGCUCCGGGGAAGGGUAGGGGACUCAGCAGUCCCGGGAGCCGGUAUCUAUGCGGACAACGAGGUGGGCGGGGCGAUAGCCAGCGGGGACGGAGAUGUCCUGAUGCACCACCUUCCCGCCUUCCUUGCUGUGGAGGCCAUGAGAGCAGGCCAAAGCCCAGCCAAGGCAGCCGCAAAAGUGAUCCAGAGGGUCCUCAAGCACAACACUGAGUUCAAUGGAGCCGUAAUUGCGGUCAACCGGUGGGGCACCUAUGCCGCCGCCUGUGCCGGCAUGGAUGAGUUCCACUUUGUGGUAAGCGGGGGCAAGGGCUUCCUCAGGAUGGCCAGGGUGGAGCGAGUUAAGUGCCAGGACCGAAAGGACGUGGUAGAUGGAGGUCCCAAGGGAUUCUUCACAAGGAAACCUAUGAAAAACAGAAAAAUUGAGUAACAUUGGCUUAAGGGGGCAGGAUGG